UUUGAGAAGUGCUUGUUUCGUUGAAUUCAUCUACUGCAGUAGAGAAGGAACAAAUCCUAAUUUAGAGAGCAGUCAAUUUCAGGGGGGAAGUGUGUCUGCGACCAUCUGACAAUUUGAGUCUUACACUGGUUGAGCUUAAUUGUAAGUUUGUUUGCAUCUGGAUGCAGAUGUUGGAUCUGUUGCUUCAACCAUAAUGUAUGCUUUUUACUUGAAUGAAACAUUAAAUGAUGACAAGUUAUGCACUGUGCCUGUCAUCAACAUGAAAAGGUCGGAUGUUCAUUCUCAUGCUGAGCUCAGAUGGCUACUUGAUUCUUGCUUUGUUGAUGAAUCUUCCUUAAUUUUCGUUGAUGAGGUAUGUUCCAUUCUAUAUAUAAAGUUAGGAAAGGAAAUGAAAUUUAAGUCUAGAUUCUCUAGAAUUACGUCCACAUAAUAAAUGAAAACCAGGAAUGUAAUAUACUCAAAAUAUGAUCAACUAAUUUGUUCUUAUUAAAUUGAUAACUUGAUAUUAUUUGAACAGAUUGACCUGUCCUACUAUGAAUUAUAUGGGAGUCUUCAACUUGUUUUAGUCAAUUGUAGCAAGCUUCCAGCUAAUCAGGAGGUACGCAUUCUUUUCAAGGGUGCUGAAUUCCUAUUAAUCAGUUAACUGAUGAUUACUUACUGCUUACUGUAUCAGGCAUUAAAGGAUGCAGUGGUUGAAAUCUUCAAUUGCAGAGAGGAAGAUACACCUUAUUCUUCAGUUGCUGCUGUAACCAUUGGGAAGGAGGCAUCAUGCUGCACUCUUAUUGCUGAUAAGUUUGUACUAACUUCACCAGAGAUACUAGUGGGUCAAUGGUUUAGUCGACUUCUGUUGGCAGGUAUACUCAUGGAUACUGGAAAUUUGACAAACUCACAGACUACAACAAAGGAUAAGUACAUGACCACUUUAUUGAUAAAUGGGGCAGGUCGAUUUGGAUGCAAUGGUCUUUAUGAAAUCUUGAGAUACAAAAUGCAUGAUGCAGCUGAUGCCAGACGAGGAGAGGUUUCUCGAAAAGAUAUUAAAAGAUUGUCAAAAUCAGAUGCAGCUGAUCCCAGAGUUGGAGAAGUCUUAGACAAAGAUAUUAAGAAAUUGUCAAAAAUCAAUGUAGCUGACCCCGGAGUAGGAGAAGUUUUACAAAGAGAUGCUAAGAAGUCAUCAAAACUCAAUGCAGCUGACCCCGGAGUACGGGAAAAUUUACAAAGAGAUACUAAGAAAUUAUCAAAAUCCGAUGCAGCUGACCCAGGAGUAGGAGAAGUGUUACAAAAAGAUACUAAGAAAUCGUCAAAAUCAGAGGAAGCUGAUCACAGAGCAGAAGAAGUUUUACAAAAAGAUAUCAAGAAGUUGUCAAAGUCAGAUACAGCUGAGCCCAGAAUGGAAGAAGUUCUACGAAAAGAAAAUAUAAAUUUGCCAAAAUCGGAUGUAGCUGACCCCAGAACAGGAGAAGUUUUACGGAAAGAUAUUAAAAGAUGGUCAAAAUCAGGGAAACCUGGUGGUACAGGAUCAAGAAUGGGGAACUCAAAUAUUGGAAUGAGUUCAGUCGGAAUAUCUAUAGGAGAGCUCUUAACACAUCACUCUACUUCAGCUGAAAACAUAAGAAGUUUCCAGCAACUAGAGAAGCUUCACAUCCUCUUGAUCGUUUCAGGGUAUUAUGAUGCAGAGAAUAGUUUCAAGAGGGAGAUUCUAGUCUCAGCUGAAUCUGCUGAGCUUAUGAAAAGCCUGCUCCAUUUUAUCUACUCCUAUGCGAAUUUACUUCCACUCAGAGCUUUGCGCCAAUCAGGUCUACCUGCUGAGAUGAGGGUGUUUGAGAUCGAAAAAAUUGUAUCAAGGAAGACGAUUGAGAAACUUCUGGAAGAAUUCAAUGAGAGAGCAAAAUAAUACUACAAAGUUUACAGGUCAUUCCACAUUUGUUGUUGCAUUAACAAUAUUUCAUGUCCAAUAAUAACAGUCAACAGUACGCAUGUGU